AUGUCUCGGGUAGACGACUUUGUAAUGACUCUCGACUCCGACGUCGAGGACGACUCACUUCCCCCCUCAAAACCCGGCAAGCCUUCUCAGUCUUCGAAUGCGGAAGAUGCGCUCCUCAACCCCGACUUUAUCUUUGACGUGUCGGGAGAUCCAUACACAGACUUUAUAGACGACCAUGUAGAUUUGAAGGACCUUGUCAAGAGCGGAUCUAAGCCCGAACCGUUGUCUGUAGAUGAUAUUAUAGAAAGACGAAAGCUCAAAUCGCACGCCAGAAAACGCCAAAGAUCUGUAGCAGAGGAUGAAGAAAUCGACAACUCUGACUCAUCCAGCCAAGCAGGACAGAAUGACGAGGACAGUGACGAAGAGGACACCUUCGCCAACCCUGUGGAGAGUGGGGAGGAAGAAGAUCCUUUGGCGACGUCAGACGAGGAGGAUUUGAGUGAAGGCGGUGUAGGAGAGGAGGAAUCUGAUGAAGAUGCUUCUUCGUCCUCUGACGAGUCUGAAGAAGAAACCAAAGCUGAGAAGGAACGAAAAGCUGCAUUCUUUGCCUCGGAUUCAGCUGCUUCCGAAGAGCAUACCUCAUUCCUCUCCAUGAAUCUAUCAAGACCGAUUAUCAAGUCGAUCACAGCGCUUGGUUUCAACAAGCCUACACCCAUCCAAGCCGCGACCAUUCCUGUCGCUUUGCUCGGUAAAGACAUCGUCGGAAAUGCUGUCACAGGAUCAGGAAAGACGGCAGCCUUCAUCAUUCCUAUGCUAGAGCGACUGCUAUACCGCGACCGGGGCAAGAAGGCUGCAGCCACAAGAUGCCUUGUCCUCGUACCGACUAGGGAGCUAGGAGUGCAGUGUUUCGAAGUUGGUACUAAACUAGCUGCUCAUACAGAUAUUCGAUUCAGUCUCGUUGUUGGGGGCCUUUCUGUGAAAACCCAGGAAGCAACUCUUCGUACUCGUCCGGAUGUCGUCAUCGCUACUCCAGGGCGGUUGAUUGACCAUCUCCGAAAUUCUCCAGCCUUUACUCUAGAUGCACUCGAUAUACUCGUUCUAGAUGAGGCUGACAGGAUGCUGUCAGAUGGGUUUGCAGACGAACUGACCGAGAUCAUCAAGUCAUGUCCUAUGUCGCGUCAGACGAUGUUAUUCUCAGCAACAAUGACGGAUUCGGUGGACGAACUUGUGAGGAUGUCACUCGACAAACCUGUACGUCUGUUUGUGGAUCCCAAGCGAAGCACGGCCAGUGGGUUGGUGCAAGAAUUUGUACGAGUCCGAGCCGGAAAGGAAAGCGAGCGUUCAGCAUUGCUUGUCACGCUCUGUAAGAGAACGUUCAAGUCAAGAGCCAUCAUUUUCUUCCGUAGCAAAAAACUUGCACAUCAGAUGCGCAUAGUGUUCAGACUGUUGGACAUGAAGGCUGACGAAUUGCACGGCGAUCUGAGCCAGGAGCAGCGAUUGAAAGCCUUGCAGCAGUUCAGGGAUGGAGCAGUUGACUUUCUCAUGGCAACAGAUUUAGCGUCGCGUGGUCUGGAUAUCAAGGGUAUUGAGACAGUGAUCAACUAUGACAUGCCCUCUCAACUCGCUCAAUACCUUCACCGGGUUGGGCGAACAGCCCGUGCAGGCAAGAAAGGCCGUUCCGUUACACUCGUCGGCGAAGCGGAUCGCAAGAUGCUCAAGGCUUCAAUCAAACAUGCCAUGGCUGAGGAUUCGGUCCGACAUCGUCAAAUUCCACCAGAAGCGGUUGCCAAGUGGUCUGCCAAACUCGAUGACAUGAAGAAAGAAAUUGCUGAAGUGCUUCAAGAAGAGAAAGAAGAAAAACAGCUUCGUCAGGCAGAAAUGGAGGUGAAAAAGGGACAAAACAUGAUUGAGCAUGAAGCGGAGAUAUUCUCACGUCCGGCCAGGACAUGGUUCCAAACUGGUAAGGAAAAAGCGAAGGCUGAAGCCUUGAGCAAGGAGCAAUAUGAGACUGGUACUCAUUCCACAAAGAAGGGCAAAGAGAAGGCACCUGAAGACAAGCCUAAGAGAGAGAAAUACGCUGGACUGUCAAGAAAAGCAAAACGUCGAAAGAUGGCUAUGGAGGAGGACGACGCGGCGGGAGAAAGCGGCGCCAUUCGUGCGGCCGUUCGUUCAGCAAAAAAGGCAGCUAGACCUGCGAAGAUCGGGCAGCCGGAGAGGCGAGACGUAUCCCUGAACAAAAAGAAAGAAAAAGCGAAGGAAAGAAAAAAGAGAGGCAAGGCUUCCAUGCGGAUUGGCGGUGCGUUUGAGAAAGAUUUCGGACAACGCGCUGUCAAGGAGGGUGUGCGGUCAAAGAAAGGAGAUGCUAUCGGUGGAAUGAAAAAGAAAGGUGCCAAGCGGAAAGUGAAGUAG